UCCGUUCCCCUUUACCAUUCUAUUUUCGCCGUCCGUAUUCCCGUCUAAAUUUUCCCGGACCAUAAAAUCGAGUCGGCGGACGCCGUAACAACAGAGCCAUCGCGAUGUCUUCGGCGGCAGCGGCGCCGGAGAUGUUUGCGACGGAAGCAGCAACUCCGAUGAGACAGGGCUAUGCUGUCGAGCUCUACUUCGAUCCGGCCCUCGAGAACCAAGUCCUAAAGGCUUGGAACGUACUAGCCCGACGACAGAUCAGCACUCAGCUCAUUGAGAUUGCCGCUCGCCCACACAUCACCCUCCUCUCCUCCCCCUCAAUCGACCCCGCUCGAUUCCUCACUGCCGUUCGAUCCCUCGCCGCCCGCCUCGAACCACUCCCUGUCUCCCUCUCUUCCGUCGCUUCCUUUCCCGGCGGCGGCAGCGGUGGAGGGGUUCUCUUUUUUGGGCCAACGCCGACCUCGGCUCUGCUCGGGCUCCACACGCAGCUUUGUGAGAUUCUGCGGAAGGAAGGGGUAGAGGCGGCGGAGGAGUUUCGGCCGGAUUCGUGGGUGCCACACUGUCCUGUGGCAAUUGACGUGCCGAGGAACCGGAUGGGAGAGGCUUUCUGCAUACUUAGGGAUCUGAAGCUACCGGUCUCUGGAUACGCGAUGGAUAUCGGGUUAGUGGAGUUCUCGCCAGUGCGGGAGAUAUUUUCGGUGCCUCUUGGGGGCGAUGCAGAGCCUUGAGAUCAUCUUAUACCGCCGCCAAAAUAACCGGAAGAAAUAUGACUAAGAAAAUACUUCAGAUAAGGGCAUUGUUUUUGUAGUGCGCUUGAAUAUAUCCAAGGAAUUGCUGUUUUAUGAGUGGUGAGAGAGAUGAGGCAUGUGGUUGCAAUCAUUUGGGAUAAUUAAUCAAAUUACUUGUGACUAUUUUGAUGAGGAUCAUUAUUGUCUUAAGCCUUCAUCCCAAUAGCAAAGAUUUUAUUGUUAGGGGUGAUGAAAUGUUUAAUUUGCUGUGUCUUUGACAUUUUUAAUGUGCUAAUUUUUUAUUUAUUUUACAAU